AUGUUCAGCAGCAACAAAGCCCCAAACCACCGCCUCUGCAUCACCGCGGGACCGCGCUACGACCCCCAAACCCACCAACUAGUCCACGUCAACGGACCCUCUCCGAUCCGCAUCCGCAGCCCGCACCUCACCGCCGACAUCUGGGUGCGCAUCAAGGAGUACACCGGUACCCUGCCCUGCCCUGCCCCCUGUCCCUGUCCCUUUCCCAAACCCAAACCUAAUAAAACCAACCUCCUAACCCCGAGAAUUUACGCAGGCUACCCCGAGGGGUCCCCCAGAUCCAAUCCCUACUUCACGCACCCCACCACCGCCGCCAACCGGUACAGCAUCACCCUCUCCCUCGCCUUCGCGGAAGAUGUCAACGGCGACGACCUCCUCUUCGGCAACGACUUCGACCACCCGAUCCGCGACUACCUGCCGCCGGGCUUCAACACCGCCUUCAAAGUCGUGAAAACGAUGCUCGACCCCUCCAUCGACGGCGACGCGUACAGCGACACACCGUACCUGUAUAGCCCGGCGUUGGCGUCGUGGAAUCAGUUCCGGGUCGGGGAGGUCGUUCCCCGGGAUACGAAGAAGCCUGCCGUGGAAGCGGAUCCGGUUGUUCUGGAGGGGGCGGAGGGGUCCGGGAAGGCAGUGCGGGAGAGUUGUGGCUUGCCCGCGGAUGCAGCGGCGCGGACGAAGUAUUUCCGCGACGAGGAGAAGCGGAAGGGGUUUGUGUUGGAGAAGGGGCGCGUGUAUGAGGCGGACUUUGGGAAUCCGUAUCUGGAUUUCGAGGAAUUCGCGGUCCAUGUCCCCGGGAUCACGCUGAAUAUCAGCAAGUAUGUGAGCGAGAAGAACAACGUGUUGCGGUACGUGUUGAAGAACCGGACGACCGGGGAGGAGUAUUUGGUCAUCGGGUUUACGGUUGUGCUGGACGGGGCGCAAGAGAAGACCGACGAUGGGGAUGAGGUGGACUAG